GCUGCGCGAAGAUGCACUGGACGGAAGUCAGUCAGUGAUGCGGUCGGGAUUUUAAGCAGCUACGUGAACAUUCGAACCGCUUCGUUAUAUAGAUGCAGACAGUCCCGAAUGCAAUUCUACAACCUAAUUGGUGACAGGACGUAUUACAGUUUUAGAGGGCGAUAAACCGGCGGAUUAGAAGCGAGAGUGGGUGUUUGCAGCGCUCCCGUGCAAGUCGCUCCGCGUCGGAGUGUCGUUUUUAUCGUGUUACUACUGGAGUGACCGAGUUCCCUGCGGACUCACUGAGCUCGGACACGCACGGACUGAGCACCGCAGUUCGUUCUCGAGACAUUUCUUUAUAUAUAUAUAUAUAUAUAUAUAUAAUUACCUGCUCAUAUUUAUACUUGGUGUGGCACUUCAUCUACCGCCGGACUUGUUGUUGUUGUUGUUUGUCCAUCAAGCCACGCUGCGCCGAAAGCUCUACUUACUACUACCUCUAAGUCUACUCUUCGACCAGGAGAGCCGGAGACCCGUGGAGUGCAACGUUCUCUUCUGUCUGUCUGGCCUCUUCGCUUCAACCAUCCGCCCACCGUCGCCUUCCGUUCUUCCCUGGCCCGUCCAGAAGAGAAAAGAAGGGGCCCGGACUCCGUAACUGGGGGGCGAAGCGGUGCGGACCGCGCUCCAGCCGUCGCUCCAGCCAGCCAGCCAGCCAGCGGUGCUCCACUCCAGCUGCGGCGCCAUGGCGGAGCCGACAUGAGCGACAGAGUCAGAGUGCCGCUCGCGGACAAAGCCCUGUCGGAGGGCUUCGCGCGCCUCAGGUAUCGCGACACGUCGCUCCUGAUCUGGCAGCAGCAGCAGCUGGAGCUCGAGCGCGCGCCUCCCGCCACCUACCUGAGCCGGAGCCAGAGCGCGUGGUACAGCCAGUACGGCAACGAGGCCGUGGUGGUGCGGGACUCGAGGAAGCUGGACGCGCGCGGAGAGAGCGUGGCCUCCAAGGUCUGUUCGCUGAUGUGACGGAGUGACCAGACGAACGGGCCGUGACACACGUGUGUGUGU